GAAUGCGCCCCAGUUGCCCCAGUCGUCGGCAUGGUGGUCUGAGACGCAGUUGAAUCAUGACGAUAGUUUCCUUCGCAAACUUUGCGCUGUGCAGCCGAUGUCUGCACCGAUCUCAGCUUUCCACAUGUUUAAGACUAAUCGGAGAUUCCUCACGCAGGUGGGCUUCGUCUAGCAAGGGCAGCACUCCUGAAGACAUAGAACACGAAGAGGACAAGCCGGUGGUGUACAGUACCAGCAAGGCGGCACAGUGGAAAGCGCAGCACAGCUUCAGGCCGAUAAUGGACCACGACCCGCCCGCCCUGCAGCGCUACUCGGUGAUCCUGAGCACGGCUGCGUUCCUCAUCUACUUCUGCAUCCUGAGGGAGGAGAACGACCUGGACGAGAUCCUGGACCGACCGCUGUCGGCCACCGUCCCCGACAUAGAGAAGAUCAUAGCCAAGCCGCCGGAACCGCCCGAGAACAAGAAGUCGGGCUUCUUUUAGCUUCGGGCGAGGCCAGUAGUGCGCUACUUCUUGCGUGGAUAGCGUAGAUAAAGAAGACGGAUUGUGUUGU